AUGAAUGCUCUCGAAGAAGAAUACUCAUUUUUGGCACCAACAUGGAAACUGCCUGCCGUAGCAACUUCAUCCCUCUAUCCUGGUACCUAUGAAACAUUUUAUUCACCUUCUGGAUCGGGAGUAGGUUCUGAAACGGUUAAUCGAAAUAAUACCACAUACAAUCCGCGAUAUGUUCCUCCACCUACAAAUCAUCGAAAUCAUCCUCAAAUAAAAAAUCAACAACCACAAAGACGUUCGAUACCGGCUGGUCCACCUCAUCCUCCUCCUCCUCCUCCUCCACCUGCUCCUCAAACUUAUCAACAUUCAAAAGAUCAAUAUCAAUCUAACGAAAAUUCGAAUGUUGAUCUUGAUUCAACAAUCAUUCAUAAUCCACAUUAUGAACAUAAUAUGCCAAUGCAGCCGCGAAAUAAUGGUUAUUCAAAUCAACAAAUUGAUAAUCGAGGAUCAAAUUAUCCUCCACCACCUCAACCGAUACAAAAACGCGUACAAAUCAUUGAUCAUAAUCGUCAAACACCAUCAACAGAUUAUAUGUCCGGUAGAGAAAGUCGUAAUUCUUCUCCAUAUAAUGAUCAUUCACCUGAAUCAAAUCAAAAUCAACAAAAAUUUAAACCACGUCGUAAUCAAAUCGAUGAUAAUAAAUCUGAUUCAAUAAAUUUAAAUGGUCAACGUUCAAAUAAUUUUAAUGUUCAUGAAUAUCUUUAUGGACUUUCGGCACCUGAUCCUGGUAGUUAUGUAAGUGCAUUUAAAGAUCAUCGACGUCGUUUACAAGAUGAAAAAGUCAAUCAAAAAUCGAUUAUGACACAAUAUAAAACUUUUGUACAAAAUGGUGGUUUUGGUCCUGCAUUUGGUAAUGCUGAUCAUCUAGCAUAUGAAGAAAAACUUCAAACAGAACGAAAGAGAAAAACAUAUUCAAAAUUAGUUCGUGCAGCAAAUCAAUAUAAAGUUGAAGAACAAAAACGUAUUCAAAAUAAUGGUGGACAACAAAGAAAUCGAGCAUAUGUUGCAUCUAUGCCAAGACAUCGACCACUUGAUGCAACACGAUCUCACUUUUUAUCUGCAGAAGAGGUGAGAGAAUUCGAACGAAGAAUCAAACGUGAGCAUGAUGCCAAUUGUAUAGCAUGUCGAUAUUCUAUCCUAUCACCAAUAUUAAUAGCAUCAUUACCAGUUUGUCAACAUGUUUCGAAUAGACCUUUAUUAUGUCAAUCUAUUUUUAAUAAACUUCAUCCUUGGAAUCAAAAUGACAUAUUAUCAGGCGAAUUUUAUGUUGAUCGAACAAAUCGAUCAUCAUUAAUUUCAUCUUGUUCUCGAUUACCAAAAAUAAGUCGCAUCUAUUCUUAUAAUCAUGAUUUAAUUCAACCUGAAUCUAGUUUAUUUAUUGAUUUACCAACUGAAAUUAUUCGUAAAAAUAUUUUUCAUCGAAAUAAAUCUAAAUCAAAUGAUUUUCAUAUAGAAAAAUUAAUUAAAAAAAUACAUGAAGAAAAAAAUCAGUUAGAACUUAAUGAUAUUAAAUAUUUUCAAAACUUAACUAAUCAUUAUUCAUGUUCCGUAUCAAAUAUAAUUGAAAAAAAAUUCAUUACUUCACACAGUAUGAUGAAUAAUAAUAAUAUACAAUCACCACCACCAACAGUGAAGUUAAAAAUCAUUAACCAACCAUAUAGAUCAAAUAAUACAACGAUGUCAACAGCAUCAGCAAAUACUAUUACAAGAAAGCCUAUUCUUAUUAUUAAAUCUCCGGAUAGUUCAACAUCAAAAUCCAUAACACGAAAUGUUCAUUUUCUUCCAGAUAUAAUUGUCAAUGAUAAUCAGAUUAGAAUACCCAUUCAAGAUUCAUUAACAAUACAAUCAACAAAACAUCAAAUACGAAAAUUAUCAUCACCAUCGACAAUGACAAAAUCAACUAGAAAGAUAAAAACUAAUCAGCAACAUAAAGAAUCAAUUUCAACUCCUAGAAAUAAUUAUAAUUCUACUGAUGAUUAA